AUCCAGGCGGCCGUUGGUGACUUUCAUUUUAUUCCCACCCUUCUCUCGAAAAGCUUCGGGGUGGAGACUACUUUAGGUUUAGGAUUGGGUUUGUGGAAAGGAAAAGUGCGCUGUUGUAGUUGUACGUCUUGUUUUUACCAAGAAAGACUCUGAAUCUUUCGAAUUUCGUUUUUCUCUCCAAUGCAUCACCGAGGAUCACGAUCUGAAUCUCGCCCUAACCGUAAAUAUCGUAUUUCGUAUUCGUCAACAACAAAAUAAAGUAGAGAUUUGACUAUACCACAACAAGAAAGCACAAAUUAUGUCGUCAACUCCGGUAUUCGCAAAGACCAAAGACUCCGCCAAACGUGGGCGUUUGGACGACAGCAGUGAUGGGAGUCCCAACAUUGAGGUACGAGAGCGAAAUGUCGACACUGCCGAUCCGCGGGAGGCAAAAAAGGCACGGCCCCGCGGGCUUUCGGCUUGUUGUUGUCCGCAGAGACUUUUCGACGAUGACGAACCGGGCGACGAGACGGAUCUGCGCAAAAAUCAAAAUGGCACGAGUACAACAGGACGGCGGGGACCCGUCGCACCAACCACGAAGGAGCGCCAAGACUUUGAUCGCCAAGAUUGGAUUCUCCUGAAGAGGGUCUUCACACAUGCGCAGGUAGAUGAGAUUGUUGAGCUUGCCGAGAGAACCGCGGAAGCGGAACGGGAGGCGAAAAAGAAAGCAAGUACUGGCGGCGAUUUGGCGGAUGCAGCAGCUCAGACGAGCACGACCACGAGCCAAAUACUUCCUGAGGCCACAGACGAGGAAAUAAACACAGUGAGCACGAGCAAGCGUAAUCCAGGCACGCAAUUCAUGCGGCUGCAAGACAAGGAUAAGUCGGCAGAGAUGAAAGUUCACUUCUGCAAGGAAAUGAAGCGCGUUCUGGACCUUGACUUCCAUCUGGAUAACGCCGGGAAAGUGCAGGUGGACGAUUCAAAGACUGAUGCAGAGUUGAAAGACAAGGCCACGGGCCUGGCCGUCUUUACGUACGAAGAGAACCAGGAGAACCACACCCACCAAGACCGCAUCACUGUCGAGAGGGGGCCCGGCUCGCAGAUCGAGCAAACCGCGAUUUGCAUGUGCUCGGACCCGGGCGUUGACUUUGCUGGGGGUCGGUUUUUCUUAAAUAGAGAGUUUGACUACGUCGAGCAGGACGGAAAGGUGGUUAUCAAUGAAAACGAAAAAACUAGACUGUAUCCCGAAGGAUUUGAGAAGGGUGACGUCGUCGUCUUCGACAAUCGUGCUUUCGUGCACGGCGUGGAGCCCGUGAAACGUGUCGAGGGAGCCACCACAGUGCGGCGGACCACCUGUAGCAUCCGUUCCACGCGGCCGCGCCAGCGAGGAUCCUUAAUCGUGCUGGAGGGUCCCGACAAGGUUGGUAAAACGACAUUAGCUAAGAAGCUCAUGCAGCAUCUACGAAAACGAAACACCAAUGUUGCGUACUAG